AUGUGGUUUUGUUGGAUUAGAGUAGUUCCUUGUUCGUGUUGCAUAGCAUCGGACCCUUCCACCCUCCUCCUCCUCCUCUCCAACAUUUCAAAUCCACGUCUCUCUCUACAGGUUGUUCGCUCUCCCUCCCUCUCUGUGAAACGAGUUACAACGAAGAGACUAAGUGUUCCUCUCCCCUACCCCGACCCUCGAAGAAAGAAGGGCCACCCCGAUACACGUGUAAUGUUGGGCCCCGUGCAGGAAUAUCUGUGUGACGAUCCAAUUAUCCGCCAUUCUCUCUCUCUCUCUCUUUUCUAUUUCUACCUCUCCCCUCCAAUACGGAAACCUCUCUCCCUAUCCUCGUUAUUCCCUUCUCUCUCCCCCCCUUUUUCUAUCACGUUGUUAUCUGUGAACCUCACUCUCUCACUCUCUUUAUUCGUCUUUCUUCUCUCUCUUUCUCUCAUUACUUGUUUUUUCCUUGCUCACUUUAUUCCUUUUCCCUUCUCUCUUUAUUCGUCUUUUCUGUAUUCGUCUUCCCCCCUCUCUCACUCUCUCUUUGUUCGCCUUUCCUCUCUCUCUUCGUCUCCCCCCUCUCUCUCUUUCUUCGUUCGUCUUCCCCCCUCUCUCUCUCUCUUCGUUCGUCUUUCCCUCCCUCUCUCUCUCUUCGUUCGUCUUUCCCUCCCUCCCUCUCUCUCUCUCUUCGUUCGUCUUUCCCCCUCCCUCUCUCUCUCUCUUCGUUCGUCUUUCCCUCCCUCCCUCUCUCUCUCUUCGUCUCGUCUUUUCCCUCCUCCCCCCUCUCUCUCUCUUUGUUCGUCUUUCCCCCUCCCCUCUCUUUGUUCGUCUUUCCCCCUCUCUCUUCUUCUCCCUCUCUCUUCCUCUCCCCUCUCUCUUUAUUCCUCUUUCCCCCUCUCUUUAUUCCUCUUUCCCCCCUCUCUUCCUCUCCCCUCUCUUUAUUCCUCUUUCUCCCUCUCUCUUCCUCCCCCUCUCUUUUUCCUCUUUCCCCUCUCUCUUUCUCCCCCUCUCUUUAUUCCUCUUUCCCCCUCUCUUCCUCCCCUCUCUUGUCCCUCUUUCUCCCUCCUCUCUUUGUCCCUCUUUGCCCAUUAUCUCCUCUCACACUUCCGUUUUUCUUUCAUUACAUUCAUCACAUUCCACCUAUUAACUGUUUCUCUCUACACCUGGCCUCUUUCUCUCUCUCUCUCUCUCUUUACUCUCUCUCUCUUUUUCUCUUUUCAUACACUGUCUUUGUCUCUAAUUUCUAUCCUUCCUUCCCUCUCUAGAACCCUCAGCAUAUCUCUCUCUAUCUAUAACCUGUCCUUUUCUUUUUCUACAUAA